AUGGCUUCCCAAGAGAACAUUGAAGAAUAUCCUUUUGUGGACAUAUUUAAUGAAGAUGAAGCUGAAAAACAUUUUCUGUUGUCCAAACCUGUUUGCUUUAUCAUAUUUGGAAAGCCAGGGACUGGGAAAACAACAUUAGCCCGUCAGAUAGCCCAGGCCUGGAAAUGUAUUCGUGUUGAAGCUUUACCAGUUUUGGAAGAACAUAUUGCUGCUAAAACUGAAACAGGAGUUAUGUUGCAAACGAUGCUGGCCCGUGGGCAAAGUAUUCCAGAUGAACUUGUCAUAAAGAUACUGUUGGACAAGCUUAACUCCCUAGAAGUCUCUCACUUUGGUUAUAUCGUCACUGAAAUGCCUUCAUUUUCACAGGAAGCCAUAACUACUUUACAACAGUUAGAAUUAAUUAAAAACUUAAAUUUGAAACCUGAUAUUAUAAUCAAUAUUAAGUGCCCUGACUUUGAUUUAUGCCAAAGAAUUUCUGGGCAAAGACAGCACAGUGGUACAGGGUACCUGUAUUCAAAAGAUCAGUGGGAUCCUGAAGUCAUUGAAAGUCGUAGAAAAAAGAAGAAAGAAGCCCAAAAAGAAGGAAAAGGAGAAGAGGAAGGGGAAGAGGAAGAAGAGCAAGAAGAAGAGGAGGCAUUUAUUGCUGAAAUGCAGAUGGUGGCUGAAAUUCUUCAACAUCUAGUUCAGAGGCCUGAGGAUUAUUUGGAAAAUAUUGAAGACAUUAUUAAACUUUAUAAGGAAAUGAUUCUUCAUCCAAUUGAAGAAAUAAUGGCUGAACAUAAUUCCCAGUAUCUCAUUGAGCUAGAUGGAAAUAAGCCACCAGAGGAUCUUCUCCUGGUAAUGAUGGAGCGACUUAAAUAUCUGAACCUAAGAAGAGCAGCUGUUUUAACCAAACUUCAGAGUUCAGAGGAAGAAAUUAAUGACAUAAUGGAAAGUGAUGAACUGUUCCGUACUCUUGCAUCUUAUAAACUAAUUGCACCAAGAUACAGAUGGCAGAGAAGCAGAUGGGGACGUACAUGUCCUGUGACUUUAAAAGAAGGUAACAUUUAUUCAGGAUUAGCAGACUUUUCUGUGAGUUUUCUAGGUAAAAUGUACUGUCUUUCAUCAGAAGAAGCAUUAAAAGCUUUUUCGUUGAAUCCACGUCCCUAUCUCCUGCCACCUAUGCCAGCACCACCAUGUAAAUUAUGCAUCUUUGGACCUCAGUGUUCAGGAAAAACAACACUUAGCAAUUUGCUUGCUGAAAAGUAUAAAGGACAGGUUAUUGACUAUGCCAAACUUGUUCAACCACGUUUUGAUCAAGCCCUUGAAAAAUUAAUUGGAAACACUAUAGCCGAAGCCACUGAAGCAGCUAUUAAAGUUGUGCAAGACAAGCUUCUCACAGAACUACAAAAUAGAAGACAAGCUGAGUCAGCUUUAAGAGAAUUUCAAAGACAAUUUGAAAGGAAGGAGUAUGAACGUGUCCCAAUGGAAACAUUUAAAAGCCUAGAAGACGUAGACUCUUCAGCUGAUGAAUAUGUUUCAAUAGAAGACACAAUACAAGAGGUAACUGCAGACCAUCCAGAGGUUGUUGCCAUGAUUGAGGAAACUGUAAAAAUGGCAAAAGAUAUGAACUUCGACCAGCCAUAUGAAAAACAUGCUGAAAUUUUAGAGGAAAUCCUCAUAGAGAUAAUGAAAGGAAACAAGAAAAGAUUUCCUGGUGCCCAAAAAUAUGGAGGCUGGAUCAUAGAUAACUGCCCUUUUACGAGAGAACUGUGGAUAGCCUUAACUGAGAAAGGACUUUUACCUGAUUUAAUCAUCUGUUUAUCUGAUGUGGAAAACAAUGGAAAAUGCUUACUUAAUAGAUUGUAUUUAGAGAAUAAAUCAGAAGUUGACACUAAGAUUUUAGAGAGAUUACUAAAUGACCUAUGGGAGAAAAAAAAAGAGGAAGAAGCAUCAAGAACAGCUGCAGAAGAAGAAUUGAAAGUAGAAGAAGAAAAUCAAAGGAUGUUGGAAGUUUUGAAUGUGAAAACAAAAGUAACUGAAGAUGCUGAACCAGAGGCUGAAGAAGAGAUUGAUAAUGAGGGGUCUGACACUCCUGAAGGGUUUGAAGCACCUGAGGUAUCUGAAGAGUCCAGGGCAUCAUUGUUAGCUGAAGAAUCUGAGGUGUUAGAAGUUCCUGACACAGAACCUGAAUUAGCAGCUGAGCCUAUUGAUACUACAGUUGAAAGUGAAAUUCCAAAAGAAUCCAAAAAGGGCCUGGAAACUGAAAAAUUACCUGAAACAGUUAUGCUGCCUGACUAUCCAAAAGAUGCUUAUCCUGAUGUUCCUGAAAUGGAGCCACUUAAAGAGAAGAUUAGACAGUUUACCAUCUCCUGGAAGCAGCUGGAAGCAACACUCAAUGAUUUAACUUUAAUUCAAAUUUUAAACUUGGAGAUUGCUGGCAAAACUCCAGAGGAACUACUUCAAAAAGUAGUAGAGACUAUGGAAAAACCUUUUAAGUACACUGGGUGGGAUUUAGGUAUUGAAGAUUAUGAUGAAGAAACUGAAGACUAUCAGGCGGAAGCAGAAGUUGAUGAGGAGCUGGAAGAAGAAGAGGAGGAAGAGGAAGAGAAUGAAGAUAAAAUUAAAGAAAAGAGGAGGCAUUUGGGAGAUACAAAGCACUUUUGUCCAGUGGUUCUUAAAGAAAACUUCAUCCUACAACCAGGCAACUUAGAAGAUGCAGUUAAAUAUCGAGAAAAGAUCUACUAUUUUUCAAGUGUUGAGGCUAAAGAAAAGUUUUUGGAGCAUCCUGAGAAGUAUGUGGCUCAUGACGAACCCUUAAAGGCUCCUCCACUAAGACUGUGUCUUCUGGGCCCCCAUGGCUCUGGAAAAACUAUUUGUGGAAGGUAUUUGGCAGAAAAUUUUGGCAUUUUCCACAUUCAGUUUGAAGAAGUCCUUCAAGAAAUAUUAAUGAUCAAAACUGAAAAGAAAAUUGGACCUGAAUUUGAGGAAGACUCUGAGGAUGAACAACUUGCAAAGCAAGAAAUUGAAGAGCUUGCAAUUCAAGCCAAUGUUAAGAUUGAGGAAGAAAGUACAAAGAAGCCGACUCCAGAAGUACAUCUUACAGAGGAAGAAGAAGCAAUCAAAUCAUAUCUAAUAGACAAUGACCCAUUACCUCCAGAGAUUCUUGAAAGAAUUCUUUCUGAGUGGUGGCUUAAGGAACCAAUACGUUCCACAGGUUUUAUACUAGAUGGUUUCCCACGAUAUCCUGAGGAGGCCCAGUUGCUGGGGGAACGUGGAUUUUUCCCAGAUGCUGCUGUUUUCAUACAAGUCGAUGAUCAAGAUAUUUCUGAUCGUCUUCUUCCUUCCCACAUUGAAAAGUGGAAAGUGAAACAAAAGAAGAAAUUAGACAGGAAAAAACUCAUCAAAGAUAUGAAGACAAAGAUAAGGAAUGAUACGAUUGCUAAAAGAAGGGCUGAACUUAUAUCAGAAAGAGAGAAAAAAAAGAAAGGGGAGGUUGCUGUUAAAGAAGAAGAAGAUAUUAUUAGUGAGGAAGAACCUGAGGAAGAGGAAGAUGAUAAUAUUGACAACAUUCUUGAAGAAGAGUUUCCAAAAGAAGAGGAAGAGAUGAGUGAGGAAGACGAAGAACAGGAAAUUGAUGCCAUUGAACGCCUGAGAGGUGAACUGGGAGAAAAAUUUGAGGCAGAUAUGACUAAUUUACAAAUAAUACAGGAGGAAUUUGAGAGGUUUUUGAUACCAAUAAUUCCCAUUAAUGGAGCUCGGAAAAUCCACAUUGUACAGUAUAUGUUGAAUACCAAAGUGAAGCCGCUGGUGGAAAAUCGUGCAAGCAUUUUCGAGAAAUGUUAUCCAAUAAUGCCACACCUUGCCCAGAAAAUGCUCAGCCUUACCUACAAAUACAUAAGCUCAUUUGGAUAUUGGGACCCUGUAAAGCUAAAUGAAGGAGAGACAAUGAAGCCGGUUGAAAGUUCAGAGAAUCCAAGUUAUCCUGUAAUCCAUCGUCAGUAUAUUUAUUUUUUAUCAAGUAAGGAAAGUAAAGAAAAAUUUAUGAAGAACCCAAUCAAAUAUAUCUGCCAGCCCAAACCUAAGCCCACUAUACCCAUUAGGAUUGCCAUUGUGGGGCCUCCAAAAUCUGGGAAGACUACAGUUGCCAAAAAAAUUGCAAGCGAAUAUGGCUUAAAGCACAUUUCAAUAGGAGAUGCUUUGCGCUAUAUAUUAAACAACCAGCCGGGAACAGAGCUGGCACUUAUGUUAAAUUGGCAUCUUUAUAAAGGAUUGGCAGCACCUGAUGAACUAGCUAUUCAAGCCUUAGAAAUAUCUCUGAUGGAUAGUGUAUGCAAUACUGCAGGUGUUGUCAUCGACGGAUACCCUGUAACUAAACAUCAAAUGAAUCUCUUGGAAGCCAGGACAGUCAUCCCCAUGAUCAUCUUUGAGCUGAGUGUACCUUCCAAGGAGAUUUUCAAGAGAUUGUUCCUGGAAAAAAAAGAGCAACUGAGUUUUCCUUACCCAUUGCACAAUAGUGCACAGAUUACAGCUGUCAAGAACUCAAAGCACCGAAAAAAUAUCAGUGAGAUUAGACAUUAUUAUCAAGAACAACAUCAGAACUGGUAUGUGAUUGAUGGAUUUCAUAGCAAAUGGUGGGUAUGGAAUGAAGUCACUAAGAAGAUCCAAAUGGUGAAUAAAUGUAUCCAGACAUACUUGGAAAGAAUAAAAUCAGGAAAAGCUGCCUGCAUUGACAAGUUAUGUAUCACACCACAAGAGCUGAUUUCUCACCUGGGAGAAUGUGGGCAGUUCUGCCCUGUCAGCCUGGCGGAAUCCUACGAAUUGAUUGACUGCUCUACAACCAAGUCCUUGGAAUUUGCAGCAGAGUUCAGAGGGCAUUAUUAUAAAAUGAAUUCUCAGGAAAAACUGAAUAAAUUCUUGGAGAACCCAGAACUGUAUGUGCCUCCAUUAGCACCUUAUCCACUCCCAUCUGCUGACAUGAUCCCCAAAAGGCUGACACUGUCAGAGCUGAAGUGUCGGUUCCCUAAGUGUGCCGAGCUCCAAGGAUACUGUCCAGUGACCUACCAGGAUGGAAAACAAAGAUAUGAAGCCCUAAUACCUGGUAACAUUAACUAUGCUUUAGAAUAUCGUGAUCGUAUAUAUAUUUGUGAGACUGAAGAAAAACUCCAGAAAUUCUUCAGGUCACCACUGAAAUAUUGGGAUCAGAAACUUCCAUACAAACUUCCCCCAUUAAAGGAACCGAUAUUUCUUACUAGUCUUCCUUUGCCUGGAUACCUGGAACAGGGUGUUGCCACGUCUCUAAUUAAAGCAAUGAACGCAGCUGGAUGCCUAAAGCCCAAAUUCCCCUUCUUAAGCAUAACAAGAUCUGCACUACUGUUUAUAGCAUUUCAUCUAAAAGCAUUUAAUCCCAAAGGUUCUGAAUAUUCACGAAAAAAAUAUAAGAAGAAGAUGGACCAGUUUAUAGAGCGAUGUGAACUGAUAACAUACCUGGGCGCCAAGAUGACCAGAAAAUACAAGGAACCUCAAUACAGAGCCAUUGACUUUGAUCAUAAACUGCAGACUUUCCUCUCACUCAGAAACAUAGACCCAAUUAAUGGAUAGUUUGCUUGGGGAACUCAACUCAAGCUCAGUCUUAAGAGCUUGAUAAAGAAGGAAAUGAAAGACUGAAAAUCUGGCCAUCU